AUGGAUUUACCAGGUGUUGCUGAUGGCAGCAAGGAUGCCGAUUCUCUGAAAAUCAAGUCGCAGUCCGCCGAGUCUGCCUCCCAUCCCCCCACCACCGAAUCCUCCCUCCAUGACGACGAGCGGAUUGGCGAGGACCCCGAUGCACGGGAGCAGGACGAUUCCGCCGACGAUGAUGAUGAAGAAGAAGAAGAAGAUGAAGACGAAGACGACGAGGAGGAGGAUGAUGAUGAGGAGGAGGAGGAGGAGGAGGAGGAAGACGAGGAGCCUCGGUUGAAGUAUGUUUACUUGACGAAAUGCCUACCUUCAUUAUAUCGCACGGGCGACGCAACAAGUGCACUUCUAGUGGGAGGAGAUAGAAUGAUCGUCGGAACACAUAACGGUAACAUUAAUGUGCUAUCGUUACCGACGCUCAAAGCCCUCCGUGUUUAUACAGCGCAUUCUGCAAGCGUGACUUCCAUUUCAAUAUCUCCAUCAUUAUUGUGUCAUACUAUAACACGACACAAUGCGAUCAGCAAAUCUACUGAAGAAGAGGACAUCCCAUCUCCCAAUGCAUCUGUUCGAUCGAAGGGCAAACCCGCGAACACCCCCGGGCUACCACCAACGCCCUCAAAUUCUAUACAUAUAGCGACCUCAUCGAUAGAUGGUAAUAUCUGCGUGUAUUCGCUGCUUGAUCCGAAGGAUGUUCUUCUCCGAAACUUUGGCCGGCCAGUCCAAGCUGUGACAUUGUCUCCAGAUUACAAGAGUGAUAGGCAAUAUAUUUCAGGUGGUCGUGCUGGGCAGCUGAUUCUUACUGUUGGAGGUCGACCAGGUACAACAGAGAAGUCUACAACCUUAAGCGGUGCGGCUUCAACGGCUGGAUGGCUAGGAUCUCUAGGCUUGGGUGCCAACUCGGGAAGAGAUACCGUCCUACAUAGUGGUGAAGGAGCAAUAAACACCAUAAAAUGGUCAUUAUCCGGAAAGUACGUGGCGUGGGUGAACGAAGAAGGUAUCAAAAUCAUGCGAUCGAAUCUACAUCUGGAGGCAGCCGACGCAGAAUUUGCGUGGACACGAAUAAGACACAUAGACAGGCCGAAUCGACCACAAUGGGAGGAAAUGGCUAGUGUCUGGAAAGCGCAUGCCGAAUGGGUGGACAUGAAAUCAUUUGAAAUACCCGAAAAUAACGAUACCGAAUCGAUCUUAGGGCAGCAGAUUCCUAGUGGUUCAUCAGAAGUCGAAAAGCUUGUAGUCGGCUGGGGCGGUACAAUUUGGGUCAUCAACGUAUAUCCGGAUCGUACACCACCUCCUGGAACACGAGCAGGAAACAGAAAGCUCGGAGACGCCGAGGUUGUCACAAUUUUACGAACCGACUCCAUCAUAUCCGGCGUUGCCAUGUACAGUCCAAAACUUCUACUGGUUUUAGCAUACCUGGAAAGUAAUAAUAGUGACCUCGAGGAGCAACCACAGAGUAGUCGUCGACACAAGGCAGCUGAACCCGAACUUCGUCUAAUCGAUCUCGAAACUCAGGAAGAAGUUAGCGCCGAUACGCUGUCAGUCACUCGCUAUCAAAAUCUUAGUUCAUCCGACUAUCAUAUGAGUAUUAUGAGACCACCGCGCAUAACAGCGGCUGCUGUACAACGAGGUGCCUUGGGUGCUUUAGGCACAGGUCUUUUGGACGCAACAUUAUAUCCAGCCAGACUUUUCACGUCAAGCGCUAGUAUACGAAGUAGUGGCAGCAAUGGCGAUAGAGGCUCUGAAAGAGUUGCGGCAUCAUUCAUGUCCAGCUCCAUUUCGGGAAGCACCACCAUCCCAAAAGAGGUUCAGACUCUUUCCGCUGCGAAGGGCCUCAAGAUAUUUGUUCAUAGUCCGUAUGACUGCAUUGCAGCCAUGUCGAGAAAUUUGUCGGAUCAUCUGGCAUGGUUGGAAUCCCAUCAGAAGUAUGAAGAGGCAUGGGUCCUCGUUGACCAGAACCCGGGCAUUUUAAGCCCACCGACCGAGACACAGCCCGAAGCUUUUGCGAGAUCUCAGACUAGUCUGGCCGAUUUCUUUGCCGAUGACAGUUCCUCAAUCAUGACGGCAGGUCAGCCGCUGAGCGCUAAUGCUAGAAACGAGAAACGUCGUAUUGGCGAACUCUGGAUCGAGCAACACAUUCAGAAUAACGGUUGGGCAACUGCUGGCGAGAUCUGUGCUAAGGUCCUCGAUAUUCCUGAUAGGUGGGAACACUGGAUCUGGAAAUUUGUUGAAGCGGGCAAGUAUGACGAAAUUGCACAGUAUAUUCCUGUGAACACACGACCUCCUCUUCCAUCGGCUAUUUUUGAUGCUUUCAUUGAGCAUUACGUGUCUCAUAAUCGUCAAACAUUCGAGCAUUUGUUAUCUCAAUGGCCCGAAGAACUUUUCGAUAUUGGACAAGCAAUUUCAACCAUUGAAGACUGCUUAGAGUCGGAAAAGAUACCAAGUGAUUCAAACGACUGGCGAAUUCUGAUAGGUGGCCUUGGAAAACUAUUCCUGGCUAACGGACAGCAUCGAGAAGCUUUGCGGUGUUACAUACGCCUACAGGAUGCGGAAGAGGCCCUGCGUCUGAUUAGUGAAUACCGUUUAGCAGACGCUAUUUCUGACGAUGUUUUGAAUUUCAUCUUACUUCGUGUCUCUAAAUUUCAACUGGCGAAAGCUCCAAUUCCAGAGUUGGAGCAAGCAACCGCGGAGUCUAUCAGUAUUCUGGUUAGGGAGGCGUACAAUGGUAUCGUCCGUCCAGAAACAGUGGUUUCCCAGUUGUACACCGCAUCUGGACGCCUUUACCUCUUUUUCUACCUUCGUGCACUGUGGAAAGGCGAAGCUCACCCAUCAAAAGCAGAGGCAAAGCCUCAGCUUCGUGGGCGCGGUCGCCAUACUAGAGACGCAGCAGAAAAGCUCGCCGCUGAUGAAGGCAGAAGUCUUGUUGAGCCAUUUGCAGAUAUUACUUUAGAUCUCUUUGCCGACUACGACAGACAAUUGCUUAUGGAUUUUCUGCAAGCGAGCACAGCUUAUUCAUUUGACGAGGCUUGUAGGAUCUGUGAAGAGAAACACUACACGUCAGAACUUAUCUAUCUUUUGUCUAAGACAGGGCAGACAAAGCGAGCUCUUAAUCUUAUACUUUCUGAUUUGAACGAUGUCUCCCAAGCAAUCAACUUUGCGAAGUCGCAAGAUGAUCCCGACUUGUGGGAGGACCUACUCAAUUACUCAAUGGACAAACCAGCCUUCAUCCAUGCCUUACUUACCGAAGCCGGCACAUCUAUUGACCCUAUCAAACUCGUGCGGCGUAUUCCAAGUGGGCUGGAAAUUGAAGGGCUCCGCGAUGGCCUUACUAGGCUACUUCGAGAUCACGACAUCCAAUCAAGUAUAAGUCAAGGGGCAGCCAAAGUGCUGCAAGGUGAGGUUGCAAUUGGAAUGGAUGCCUUGAGACGAGGCCAACGGCGGGGAAUCAAGUUUGAUGUUCGCAAACCAUCUGAUGUUGAAAGCGUACCAGAAAAGCCAAUUGGCAGUGAAGAUGCUGGCGAUGCUGUUCCUGAAACAGAUAACGAUGAUGUUCAUUUGAGCACAACUGGCCUGGUUGCUAGGUCUCGUCGUGUUUUACCUGGUCAAUGCGGAGGCUGUUUGGAGCAUUUUCAUGAAAAUGAAAAGGAACUAUUGGUGGGAUUCGCAUGCGGCCAUGUCUUCCAUCUGUCUCACGUCCAAGAACCGGUUCACUCCCACGAUAACGAGUCGACGAAUUCCAGCGAGACAACACAGGAGCUCUCCACUGCCGCGAAAGAUGACACUGAAAACGAGUCUCAGUUCUAUACAACGUCUCACACUGUGGGACCUAAAGUCAUCACUGCCCGAUUAAUACGAGAUAAGAUUGGAGACGGAUGCAGGAUAUGCGCCAUAAACAGGCAGGUAGCCAAUGCUGCGGCUCCAGGAAAUGUGUAG